AUGUCUUCAUUAGAAAGGAUUCAAAUAUAUGGAAUUCGCUCUUUUAACCCAUUCGGACCACAGGUUGUUAAGUUUCAGACACCUCUCACUAUUAUCGUUGGACCCAAUGGAUCUGGGAAAACAACUAUAAUAGAAUGCUUAAAAUACGCGACCACAGGCGACCUCCCACCAGGUGCUAAAAUUGGUGGUGCUUUUAUUCAUGACCCAACACUUGUCGACGAGGCUGAGGUCAAGGGCCAAGUAAAGUUAGAAUUUAACAGUGUUCUUGGGCAUAAAAUUACUUGCACUAGAUCGAUGCAAGCUAAGGUUACUUCAACUAAUGCUAUCAGAGCAACAACCAUUGAGACAUUAUUGCAAGUAGUUGAUCCUAAAAAUUUACAAAAGGCCAGCCUUACAGGUCGUUGUGGAGAUGUGGACCGUGAUAUCCCUAUUCUUCUUGGAAUAUCGCGCGCAGUUCUGGAUAAUGUUAUUUUUUGUCAUCAAGAGGAAUCAACAUGGCCUUUAUCUGAACCAACUCCUUUGAAAAAACGCUUCGAUGAGAUAUUCUCUGCAACAAGAUGGACUAAAGCGAUAGCAAAUAUUACUGAAUUACGAAAAAGAGAGGCGCAGAAACUUCGUGAAGAUAAAAUUUCUCUAGAACAGCUAAGGAUUGAAAAAGAAAGAGCUGCUAAGAUAGAAGAAAGAUUGAAUUCUGAUCAAGCAAGAACAGAAGAAUUACAACAAAAAAUGGUUGUUCUUAAUGAACAAAAGGAUAUAAAUAGUCAAGAAAUUAAUGAAUUAAUAGAAACAAUUCGUAAAUUGGAUGAUAUCAAUUCAGAUCUGAUAAUAAAAAAUAAGGAAAGGACUGCAGUAGAGAAACAGAUUGAAGAAUUGUCAAGCACAUUAAGAGAAAUGCACGAAUCCGAUAAAGAAUUGGGAAGAAUUAGACAAGAGUAUACAAAUAGAAUUUAUACUCAAGAUACAGAUCGAAAAAGCUUGGAAAAACAAAAGUCUUCUGUUGAUCAAGAAAUUUCGGCGAUUCGCUCUUCUCUAAAUACUUUGCAUACUAAUAGGGGGCAGCUUCAAGCAGAACAGAAUGCUUAUGAUCAACUAGUUGAAAAUCUUGAAAACCUGGUUCGAGAGAUUAGUAGAAAAUUCAAUUUUAGGAUAUUUUUAACAGCUCCAUUAACAGCACCGAACUUGCAGAGAUUUAAGGAUAUGCUUCAAGCUGAGAUUGAUGAAAAGAAUAAUUCUCUUGCCAGGCAAAGGGAACGAGCUCAACAAAAAGAGGCAGAGUUGAUUGACAAACAUAACAAGACACGUGCUGAAAUUGAUUCUAAUAAGCAUUCUAAACAAAAUGUCAAAUCCUCUAUCGAAAAAAAUCGAGUUACUAGAGAUAAACUCACUUCAGAAUUUAACAAUCUUCGUGUUUCCGAAGCAGACAUAACUGUCCUUGAAAAUCGAUUGUCAGAAGAAGAAUCUGCUUUAAAAACCAUAAAGCAAAAUGUUGAAAGCGAUGACAUAAGUAAAAAGCUUCCAUCCAAAAAUGAAGAACUUCAAGUUAUAGAAAAUAAAAUCAGCAGUUUAGAUGAUGAAAUUUCACGACUUCAUUAUCAAUCUAAUUCACGAGCUAAGUUAGAUUUGCAAAAAUCCAAUCUUCGUACGAAAACUGAAUCAUUAAAUACCUUUUUGGCCUCAUCACGAAAUGAUUUCAAGAAUGUCCUGGGUAAGCAACCGGGCUUAGAUACUCUAGAAAAAGAUAUGGAUGAUCUUCUUAGGAACAAAAAGGAAGAGCUUAAACAAGUUGAAUCUGAGAGUGAAAAAUAUCGUCGUGAAUUAUCUACCAUAGAUGGAAAGCUGCAAAUGUUGCAAUCCACCCAACAACAAAGGCUUCAAGAAAACAAGGAGCAUCGCAAAAAAUUAAGUAUGGCUUGUGGAGAUCGGGAUCUUCCUGACGUCACAAUUGAACUUGAAAAGGAAUUGAGCGAUAUGCGGGAAGAACUUGCUAAUGUGUCAAGUUGCACUGAUAUUUAUAAUAAGUUUGUCAUUUCGGCACAAAAACGUCACGAUUGUCCAUUAUGUGAUCGAAAUUUCGAAGACAAUGACGAAUUUAAAAAGUUUUUGAAAAAGUUGAAAGACCUUGCCUCGGGCAAUGCAACAGACAAAUUUACUGACAUAGAGCGUCAGAUACGUGAUACUGAUGCAAAGCUUAAACGUCUUCGCGAACUUCGACCAGUGUGGGAUGCUAUAAAUCGUUUUCAAUCAGAGUUGUCUGACUUAGACAGACAAGUAGAAGACCUACAAAACAAAAAGACAGAAACUGAUGCUAUGUUGGAAGAUAUUUAUGUCAAUGUCGUUGGAAUUCAAGUAGAAAUCGAUAAUACUACAAAACUACGUAGAGAUGUUGAUAAAAUUAUGGGUUGGUACAGAGAAAUAGAGAACCUGAAGUCAGACAUUUUAUAUACUGAGGAUGAAUUAAGUAAUGCAGGAUCGACCAAAACAGUUGAGGAUUGUACGAGUAAACGAGAAGCAUUGCAAGAUGAGGCGAAAAAAAUAAGGAGAGAUAUUGUCAAUCUUACCCAAAUGAAAGAAGCACGACUAAAAGAAUUAAACACACGAUCAGAAAAAGUUGGCCGUUUGAAAUUACAGUUACAAACACUGAAAAGUACACAAGAAAACUACAACCGUUUGCAAAAAGAGAUUAAUUUAUUGAAUGAAGAAACUAGAAAGCAUGAAGAUGCUGUUAAAAUGCUGGAUGCUAAUAUAUCAGAAUUAACUCCAAAAGCUAGAGAAGCUGAACUCGCAUUAAAUGAAUUUCGGCAAAAGAAAGCUGAAUCGGAAAUGUAUAUGAUUAAUGAAUUAACCGAAAUUCAAAAAUAUUCCGAACGGUUCUUUAGUUUAGACCAAGAAAUAGGGAAAUUUACUCAAGGAAAAGGCAAGGAACGAUUGGUCGAAUGUAAUGAUCAAAUUGAGAAAUUAGAUCAACAGAUAACCACUAAAACCAUUACAAGUGAGAAUCUUGCAAAGCAGUUGCAAAAUAUGGAUAAACAAGCAUCUGAAGCGCGAGAAAUUCAGAGGUCAAUUGACGAAAAUCUUAAAUACAGAAGAUUGCAGAGAGAAAAAGAAAGCCUUGAUAAUCAAAUUGGCGAAUUGAAUCUGUUGAAGCAAAGUCAGGGAUCGUCGAAUUACAAGGUUCGAUUGGACGAACUGCAAAAAAUUCAAGAGACUGUGCUAGCUGAUUCUGCAAGGUAUACUGGGGAGCUUAAACAAUUAGAAGAGGCUAUCAGAAGAGGACAAAACGAGCUUAACACGGAAUAUAAAGAUAUUAAUGAUAGAUACACUGAUCAGUUUAUCAUAGUUAAAACCAGCGAAUUGGGAAUUAAGGAUCUUGAAAUUUAUGGCAAGGCACUUGACAAUGCCAUAAUGCGAUAUCAUUCGGUGAAUAUGGAAAAAAUUAACAAGAUCAUUGCUGAAUUAUGGGUAAAUACAUAUGUAGGUGAUGAUAUUGAUCGCAUAGAGAUAAGAUCAGAACAAGAAACUACCAGAGCUAAUCGAUCCUACAAUUAUCGUGUCGUCAUGAUCAAAAAUGGCAGGCCUAUUGACAUGCGUGGAAGAUGCAGCGCUGGCCAAAAAAUGUUAGCAUCAAUUAUAAUUAGAUUGGCAUUAGCAGAGACUUUUUGUAUAAAUUGUGGAGUUUUUGUUCUUGACGAACCUACCACAAAUCUUGAUGAAGGAAAUAUUAUUAAUUUGGCGGCUGGAUUAAAAGGAAUACUCGACUCUCGUCGUGGACAGACAAACUUUCAGCUAAUUAUCAUCACUCAUGAUGUCGAGUUUUCAAGGAUGAUUGGGGAAGCGCAAUAUUCUGAUAAGUACAUCAAAGUUUCAAAGAAGCACGGAUAUAGCACUGUUAAGGAAAAAGAUUGGCAAAUGCCAGAUUCAGAUGCUGAGAAUGAUGAUGACUAA